CCGACACAAAACACACCUGGUAGCUGGGAUCCCUACCUACCAAACCCCAAAAACACCUCAAACUUGCCUCCUGGAUCUCGUCAUUCACCUACAGCAUGUCGUUCCAGUCUAAUGGCAGACGGAACCGCGGUGAAGAAGAUGAGGUCUGUCCUGUGUGCAAGUCAUCACGGUACCUCAAUCCAGAUAUGCGUUUCCUUAUAAACCCGGAAUGCUACCAUAAAAUGUGCGAGUCAUGCGUGGAUCGCAUCUUCUCGUCAGGUCCAGCCCCAUGUCCAGUUGCCGGAUGCAAUAAAACGCUUAGGAAGAACCGGUUUCGGAAACAAACCUUUGAGGAUAUUGGCGUAGAGAGGGAGGUCGAUGUAAGGAAAAGGGUCAUGCAGAUAUUGAACCGCCGCGAGGAUGAAUUUGACAACAAGCUAGCCUACGACAACUUUCUUGAACAGCGCGAGGAUAUAAUAACUAACCUGGUCUCCGGCAUCGACGUCGCAAAAACGGAAGCCCAACUCUCCCAAUACGCCGCAGCGAACUCAAAAUCUAUCCGCCGCAACCAAGCGCUCGAAUCCCAAGAAUCCGCCGCUUUCCUGCAACAUCAGUCCCUCGAACAAGAGCAAAUACGAUUACGCCGUGAAGCAGCACGGCAGGACUACGACAACGAAAGACGUGCCAUCCUCUCCGGACGAGAAGACGUUCUCAACCGCCUGGCAACAGGCACCGUGGAAGAUGCAGAAGCCAUCGCAAAAGAGGGCAGGCAGGGCAUGCUCAAGAAGUCCUCGGCCCGGCGCAGCGAAGAGGAGCGCCUCAAACGAAAACAAGGAGCUCUCCUAGCCGAAUCUAAACGUGCCCAGGCUCUAGCAGACGCAGCCGACAAGGGCAUCGCGCCGGCCUUUGAUUCAGACCUCGUCAAGGGCUUGCGGAAGAUCAAGACGCCCGAGCCGGAAAAGCCAUACGACCCUUUUGGUGGGAUCAGGCUCGACGGCCGCGAUUAUUAUCAGCUUCAAGACAAUUACCCGUCUACGUAUCUUGAUCCAAUCAAGGAUAAUUCCCAGAUGCUUGCAGGCGGGUAUGACUUGAGGGAGUACUAUGCGCGUACAUUGCUGGAAGCAUUUGCUGGUCUGGGAUGUUUCAUCGAUGAAGAAAUUGCCGCGAGAAAUGCUUCGGCGAACCCGUCGCCGACGGGACUUGCGGCGUCAGCUGCGGCGAGUACGCCUAUUCCAGUUGACGAGGAAAUGUUAUGACCACGUCUUUGUUCAUUCGGGUUACUGUUUCCAUUUCCUAGCCAAACUUUGUCAUCCUUGUAUAUCGCAUACCGGACCUUGGCUCUCUCGUCUCUCUCUUCUCUUUUUUCAACCGAGCAUCAUUAUCAUACCAUAGCGCCGGAGUUUAUGGAAGUUCGUUUGAUUUGGGCUUUAUGGGAAAAUGGGAUUGGUUAAAUAACUAGGUUUUGCUUUUUACGCUCGUGGAAUAAUCAUGCACUGGAUGCAACUCAGAUACAACUAGUAGUAGUUGGGAAGGGGGUUCCUUUCCAGCUGUGGUUUCUAUGCUUUGCAAUAAUUUAGCAUUGCCAUGUAUUAAAUAGCCUACGACGAAAAUCUUCAGCACUAAAAGCCUCAAGUAUAUGGAAUAAUCAAAAAGAACCGUAAAGGAACAUAGAAGCGUUGAAAAAUGGCUGGAAAAAUAUCAACAUUUUAAAUCU